GCAGGGAAAUCACUUGACAAAAUGUAUUCGAAAACUAUCGGUCAAUGUCAAGCCACUCAAGAACAUGUUUUGGCUGUCUCGAGAGACUUCAUUUCGCAGCCUCGGCUCACAUAUAAGACCGUCUCAGGUGUAAAUGGACCCUUGGUCAUAUUGGAUGAAGUAAAAUUUCCAAAGUUUGCUGAAAUUGUUCAAUUAAAACUUGCCGAUGGAUCUCUGAGGUCAGGCCAAGUAUUAGAAGUAUCUGGUUCUAAAGCAGUGGUUCAAGUAUUUGAGGGUACCUCCGGUAUUGAUGCAAAAAAUACUCAUUGCGAAUUCACUGGUGACAUUCUUCGGACACCAGUGUCAGAGGAUAUGUUGGGCCGUGUUUUCAAUGGAUCUGGCAAGCCAAUUGACAAAGGUCCUCCGAUUCUUGCUGAGGAUUUCUUAGACAUUGAGGGUCAACCAAUUAAUCCAUGGUCACGUAUUUAUCCCGAGGAAAUGAUUCAGACUGGCAUUUCAGCUAUUGAUGUUAUGAAUUCUAUUGCUCGUGGUCAAAAGAUACCUAUUUUUUCAGCAGCUGGUCUGCCACAUAGUGAGAUUGCUGCACAAAUCUGUCGUCAAGCUGGUCUUGUCAAAGUACCUGGAAAAUCAGUCUUGGAUUCUCACGAGGAUAACUUUGCCAUUGUAUUCGCAGCUAUGGGUGUAAACAUGGAAACUGCCCGUUUCUUCAAACAAGAUUUCGAAGAGAAUGGUUCCAUGGAAAAUGUGUGCCUGUUCUUAAACUUGGCCAAUGAUCCUACCAUUGAGAGAAUCAUUACCCCGCGUCUUGCUUUAACUGCGGCAGAAUUUUUAGCUUAUCAGUGCGAGAAACACGUUUUAGUUAUACUUACCGAUAUGUCCUCUUAUGCUGAGGCUCUUCGUGAAGUAUCAGCUGCUCGUGAGGAAGUACCCGGUCGACGUGGUUUCCCUGGUUACAUGUACACUGAUUUAGCUACCAUAUACGAACGAGCUGGCCGAGUAGAAGGUCGUAACGGUUCCAUCACUCAAAUUCCAAUUUUAACUAUGCCAAACGACGAUAUUACUCAUCCUAUUCCCGACUUGACUGGAUAUAUCACAGAGGGGCAAAUUUAUGUUGAUCGUCAACUUCAUAACAGACAAAUUUAUCCACCUGUUAAUGUACUUCCGUCUUUGUCCCGUCUAAUGAAGUCUGCUAUCGGCGAAGGCAUGACUCGAAAAGAUCACUCUGAUGUGUCUAAUCAAUUGUAUGCUUGUUAUGCUAUUGGAAAAGAUGUUCAAGCUAUGAAAGCUGUUGUCGGCGAAGAAGCUUUGACCCCCGAUGAUUUGUUGUACUUGGAGUUCCUUUCCAAAUUCGAGAAGAACUUCAUUUCUCAGGGAAGCUACGAAAAUCGUACUGUUUUUGAGUCACUAGAUAUUGGUUGGCAACUGUUACGUAUCUUCCCCAAGGAGAUGCUCAAGAGAAUCCCUGCUAGUACCCUUGCUGAAUUUUAUCCAAGAGAUUCCCGUCAUUAACUUUGUCUGUCUUAUAAUUUAAUUUCCAUCAUCCUGAAAGCUCCGAAAAAAAUUAUAAAUAAAAAAUCAGAUUGAGGCCUGACCUAAUUAGUAAACGUCAGAACGUUGAAAGUUUAUGUGAAUAAUGUUGUGGAAAAAUCGAGUCCUACAUCAACGAAAUUGUUACAGUAUUUUUGUUAAUCGUCAAAAGAAAGUAUAAGUCGAGGAAGUUGAAUGAAAUUAUUUUCGCAAAAUUCUACAUAGUCAUUUUCACAAAUUAGAGAAUUGGACAAUAACGAUAAGCCGUAUGCUAUUAAAUAAUGUUUUCACAGAACUUGUGUGUAAACGGUCAGAGCCAUGUUAUACUGUUCAACGUUAAUUCUAUAGCGCUAAUGUAAUUUUAAUUAUAAUGUUUUCUGUUUUAUUCGAAUGUUCGCUUACAGAAAGUGAUUGUGUAAAGUGUAAUAUAUUACUCAGUAUUAACAUAGAAAAAAGAGAUACGAUCAUAUCACUUUAUAUUCUUUUGUCCUACAUUCCAGUAAAAGUUUUUUGUUUGCGCUAACGUGAGAAAAAGUUAAGAAAACUAAUGUUCAUUCGAUGUGUCGAUGAGAAUGUUGAAACUUGUACGGAUACACAACUUUUUAAAUUGAUAUUCUAGAAGCACACUUGUUGCUUUAAUGUUACAUAGAAUAGUAUUCCUGUUUUAAAAUAAAUAUAUAAAAUAUAGUUUAAAUAUA